UCUCAAACAAAUCCAUCUUCCUAUUUCCCCACAAUAAAUACGCUCCCAACUCUCCAAACUUCUCAAACAAAUUUUCUGAAGCAAUUCAUCGUUCACUUUUCUUAAAACAAUUUAUCAAGCACUUUGGUUGCAUAGUUUUUUUUCACAACCAUGGCAACUCGAUAUAUAGAACUGACCGUUAUCGCAGCCGAAAACCUCCAAUCCAAUCGCAAACCCUUGAAGAAAAACUCCUUCGUCACCGUCCGGACCGACGCCGCCUCCAAAUCGUACCGGACGGCGGAGACGGACUCCGAAGGCGGAGGGCCAAGAUGGAAUGAGAAGUUAGUGAUCGAGGUUCCUGCGCAAGCCAGGAAUGUGAUCAUGGAAGUGCAAUGCCAGAACGGGGCGAGGACGAUCGGAGCGGCGACUAUUCCGUUAACGGACUUCAUCGGCGGUUGGGUGCCCGAGAGCUACAUGCAUUUUCUGAGUUACAGGCUGAGGGAUGAGAGAGGUGUCAGGAAUGGGAUUAUGAAUAUCUCGGUGAGGAUGAAGGUGGACGAAGGUGCGACGUCGACGUACGCGAGGAAGUUGUCGAGUGGUUGCGCUACGACGUCGUCGCAGACCAAGUUGGGGUAUCCGGCGGUGGAUAACAGUGGCGUCGUAACUGGGGUUCCGGUGAAUUGGAAUAGCUAUUCUCGAGUUCAAUAUUGAUUGUUAAGUCACGGUGACAAAUUGUUCAUCAAGAACUCGAUCAAAAAAAGCUUAUAUCAAAUUCAAUGGUUACAAAUCUAAAUCUAUGCAACAAUUUAAUUCAUUCUUUACUUAAUAAAGAAUUCUAUUCGCUGUUAAA